CUGACAAUGACAAUGAAUCGAAUACUGUGUUGAUAUUCGUGUGUGAGUGGAACUUAUAAGGAUUAAAAGAGUUCUGUUAGAAAAAUGUCAAAUAAUAAUUUUAAAUAUGUCGAACUCAAACGCGAGUUUGAAAGAUGUCAGAGGAUUAUACACCGCUUCUGCGAUUUUGAUAAACCACUUGAUAAUGAAAUGACUUACCGAGACCUAGAAAUUGAUUCAAACCAAGUAGUCUCUUUAAUGCAAUCUCAUCCAAGUUGUAUAGAAUACACAAGCUUAAAUAAAAUGCUAGCCAUAUUUUGCCUCAUGGGUAACCGGGAAAUUGAGGCUAUCUAUCAUCUGAUCGAGUCUCACGCUGUUUUAUUGAGAUUGCAAGUACAGCAUAGGUGGAGCAAAACUGAGGAACGGCAGAACUUAUUGCAACAACCACAAACGUUUGGUCUUAAUCCUGCCUACACUAAAUUCAACAGUACUACUAAUCCAAAAGAUUGCACCCCCGAUAUUAAAAAUAGAUUGUCAGAAUUUCCCAAAGAGUGGUAUAUGAUCCAGUUGACUACCCAAUACACGCCAAGUACAACUUCAAUCUAUGAAACAUCAGAUAACACUGGUAUGCUUCCAAUCCAUAUUUCUGUCCUACCUACUGGAAAAGAUGGAAUUGAUCCAUUCUGUGUAACUGUUCCUAAGCCAAAAAUCAGCACAAAUUAUGACGUGUGUAGAGAAAUUCGUGAUAUUUUGAGUAGCAACAGAUUAGAUUUAGAAGCCUCUUAUGCCAACAACCAGUUGUAUUGGAAAAUGCGAGAAAGACAGGAUAAGAGGAUGAAGGCAGCAAUUGAUGAAUUAGAAGUUACCUGGCUGAGAGAAUGGAGAGUACUCCUAGUCGCGGAGCCAAUAGAAGAAUUAGACUUGACCAAUGAGCUACGUGAAAUGAUCGAUAAGCUUAUUGCAGAUAAGCGAUCGAUGAUCCAAAUAUCAGAACGAACUAGAUGGUUGCUCCACAAAAUAGCAUUAGGAGCUUGCUUUUUAACACGAACGGAAAUCGCCCUGGCUGUAAAGUACAUCUUACCAGAUGAUGAAAAAUUCUCAGACAAUGUAUUAUUAUCCAUUUACGGAAAAUUAGGGUGCUUGACUCCAUUGAGAACAGCUAAGCGUAAAACUUUGGUUUUAAUCAUAGACGAGAAUUUGGAUCACAUCCCGUUUGAAGUAAUGAAUGUUUUACAAAACCAUCCUGUAACAAGAUUUCCAUCGUUACACAUGGCUUAUGCUUUAUACAAGGAGCACGAAGAAAGUAUUGAAAAUGGCUGUAAGAUUAUAGAAAUUGGAAAAAACAAUGGAAGCUUCAUUGUAAAUCCGUCAGGAAAUUUACCAGAUUUGGAAAAACGUAUGAAAUUAUUCAUUGAUUUCUGGCUACCUCACUGGACAGGAACUUAUAACGUUCGGCCCGAUGAAAAAAGUUUUGAAUCCGCCUUAACAAACUAUGAUAUUCUGAUGUACAACGGGCAUGGAAGUGGGAUACAAUUUUUAUCAGGGGAAAGAAUUGAAAAAUUACGAGUAAAAGCGAUGGUUCUCUUAUUUGGCUGUGGUAGUGCAAGGUUGCUGCCAGUAGGUGGAAGGUUUCCACCAAUUGGAGUAUCAAACCAAUAUCUUAUUGCUUGCAGUCCCUGCAUACUAGGCAUGUUAUGGGAAGUUACUGAUUGCGAUGUAGAUAGAUUAACAGCAAAUUUUAUUGCGAAUUGGAUUCCCUCACCAGCUCCACGGCCAUGGUCAGACGUCAAUAUUCAGAAAUGGUCGAAUGGAUCAUUUGAAUUCAAGGACUUUAAUUUGGAAGAUGGCCUCUCAACAAUGGCAAUAUCAGAUGUUAACAUAUACGAAACAUCUGUAGAGCCAGAAAUGCUACGUGCUUUAGCAAAAUCUAGAAGGAUAUGUUCUCAAUAUAUGACAAUGGCUGCUGUUGUGAUUCGUGGACUUCCUAUUAAGCUAAAAAGAAUAUGAAACUCAAUAUGAAAGAGCACUCAGUAAAUGGUAUGUCGACUGACUCAUCAGAAUUACAGAUGAAUAUAUUGUAUCGGGGGAUCAGAUUAUCAGCCAUAAACUGUACUAUAGAGAUAUUGCGGGUAAUGAAGUAGAUGAAAAGUGGUUGGCGGUACAUACCAAAGAUAUCAGAGAAUGUCGAAUAAUGUUUUUUUAUCAUUUUGUACGUACGAUCUUACUCAGCCUAAGGCAGUCUGAGGUAACAGUUACUAUUAUAUGCGUCGACUGAGAAUUAUACAGUUUGGCGUUUGUAUUUUUUAUACUAUACUAGCUGGAUCGAAUGUAGAAAUAGUAGUAAGUGCUCAAACAUAGUUUUGAAUGAAAUCAAGUAUUUUGUACAAAUUUACAACCACUAAAUAUCCAGACUUUAUGAACAGUAUGUAAGUAUAUUUUGAACUAUAAAUAUUUCUAAAAGUCUUUGCAUGCGAUCGUGACAGAUAUAAUGCAAGGAAGUUGAUGAAAACAGUAAAUAAAAAUCGAUGUUUCAUUCGUUUUUAUUUUACUUUUAGAAAAAGUAAGAAUCAUAGAUAUACAAAUAGCAAUAUUCCAUAAUGUUUUUAAAAAAGUCAAUGCAAUAUUUUGAUGAGGUAUAAGUCAUUCGGUAUUUACAAAAUGAAUUUUUCGUCCAAUGAAC